AUGUCCAUCUUCAAAAAGAAGAGCAAGGCGGAGAAGGAAAAGAAGGGCAGCAAGCAAGACAGCAAGAAAGAUAGCAAGAAGCAGGCACCUGAGGAGGUGAAACCCGCCCAAGCACCGUACAAGCAUGUUCCGACGCAUGCUGCGGCAGACGCUGUACCAAGAGUACCUCACGCCACCGACCAUCGACUUUCGAAAGAAGCCAACCAGUAUGCCAACGCGUCAGCAGCGGUAGUCAACGAACAACCGUACGCACAAAGCAAUGGACGCAACAACCCACUCCCUCCAUACAGAGGCUUCAAUGGCGGAUUCAACAUGCAGCGCAACAAGAGCGCCGAAAUCUUUACCACAGAUCCCGACGCACCUCCAUUACCAGGUCAAUCGCCGAUGCCUCAGUACAACGACAACUCUCAGCACAAGGAGCUCACCCAAGAUACCAACUACUUCCAGCAUCAGCAGACCGCGCCAUCCUUUGAGUCGCCAAUGCUCGGGAAUCCCAAGAUGGCCGCCGCUGCAAGGGAUCGAGGCUACAUCAAUCCCCACAAUUCGGCAGAUUCAGGGUAUGGCUCUGUUGGGCACUCUCGAGCCCCAAGUGAACAAGGUCUUGGUUCUGACUUCGACAGCAAGCCGCAUCUACCUCGAGACAACAGUGGAUUCCUGCCCGAGCUCAGCUUGAGCGAGGAGCUGGCUAGGGAGCCGGCUUUCUCGGAGGCUUCCUUCGGCGGAGACGAGCCUGUGGAGCCAGUCGUACACAAGCAACCCGAGAGUGUUCUCAAGAACAUUCGGAGCUCAAUGCGAGAAGUAGAAACUGGCAAGCCGUCACGACUGAGCAAGUCGUACAGAAUACAGAAGGCGAAGCAAGCCCGCUUCGAGCACGCAACCGACCUUGUAACGCACGAGGAUACGCAGUCUGGAGGACAACCAGACCAGCGCUAUAAAAGGAUACCUCCCUCACAAUACUUACCGGUCGCGGUACAAGAAGUACGACCGGAAUCGGCCACCCUGCCUCAACAACAGCACUACUCGCAGCCACAGCCUGUUCGGAGCGCCACGCCAACAUUCGUGGACUACGAUGUUCCUAGGGCGUCUGAACCCAGACAAUCUAUGUCCGCCGCACAUCGCGGAGACGAACAACAAACUCAAGGACCAUCGAGGGUGCUCUCGCUUCUAAGUGCUCGAGAUCACGACCAACAGCCGUUACCCAUGCGUUUCGCCUCUCCACCACCCGUCAUGCAUCAGCCACCCUUUGCGCCCCUCACACAAAUCAGCUCUGCCAUCUCUAUGGGUGGUCUAGAGGGACUCAAGGUCAACAAGCGAGGCAAAGUACUCGAUGAAGAAGGAGACGUCAUUGGGGAGUUGGUCGAUGGAGACAUCAUGGACUGUGUUAGACAACGAUGCAAUGCUUACGGCGAGGUUCUUGAUGAUCGUGGUCGGGUGGUGGGACGAGUGCAGACGCUCGAGAGGUCGAUGGACUCACCGAUUGCUAGGAUAGCAUCACCAGCUUUGCACACACCGCCAGUCACGCAGCCGCAGCAAUACUUCCCAGAGACUCCUCGUCGGCUAUCGCAGACGACCCCGUCUUCGCCAGUGUUAGCGAGAAGUACCCGUCGAGAGUCUAGCGCGUCCCAGCGUGAGACUUUCACUCCAGCUUGGCAGCGCCAGUCCCAACCCAAUCAGUCAGGGAUGGCGCGAGAGCUUCGCGACCACAUGGCAGCCGUCGGAACCACUUCUCAGCAGCCUACACAAACAAGGGACCUGUCCCAGAACGCAGGAGCAGUGGAGCUGGAGGCACCUGACUCACAGGCGCUGGACUUCCAGAUUCCGAGGGAUGAGGAGGAGGUGUUGCCAAUCUUCGACUACAGCGAUGUCUUCAUGCCACCAAUGGUGCCCGAAAGGUCAAAAAUCCGACCCGAAUCACCGUCUGAGCACAAGGUAAAGAGCCGCCCUUAUAGUCAGCAGCCAGAGACCUCAAAGACACCAGUCUCCGCCUCGCAGCCACAAGCCGAGAUACGCCAGAAGCAGUCGAGACAUGUGUCAGCCCCACUAGGGUCUCAAGGGUAUCAAGCGACGCCAUACGCACGAUCGCAACAGCCAGAGAUGCGAGCGGAGGCGCAUGAGCCGACCGCCAUGUACCCUGGACAAGAUCAGACACAGGAACGAGAGCAAGAGCCCAUCACGACUACGCCCGCACAAGGAUCUUCUGUAGCUCAAUGGGCUGCUCAGCUCCGUGGUUCUCAGCAGCCUAGCGUCGUCUCACCACCAGUUUCCAGACCGCAAAGCCAGAGCGGUCCGGCACAAACACCAGCAUACCCGGUACCGAGCUCGCUGAGCCAGUUACACCAGCGCCCAGUCGUGGCUAGGAACGCCAGCGAAAACAGCAUGACCGAUACGGCGAAGUCGUACUCGCGUCCCACGAUGAGCCCGGUACCAGAAGACGGCAGUCCCGUCGAGAUCAAGGAUUUUUCCUUCAUGAACGGCGCAGCCAAAGGUCCAGCACUCUUCUCCUACAAGGGCGACAUCCCAGCGAGUGAUGGGCCGCAGUCCAAUGCUCACCUGGCUCCCUCGCGCGCGGUGGGCGUGAAGUCACCACCUUUGCCCACCUUUCCCAAGCAAGCCUUCACUGGUAGUCUGCCAGGCGGAAGUCCCUUUGCGCCGAUGAAGUCUGCCCAGUUUUCCUCUGCUGGUGGAAUGGGCAACCGACCAAUGCCUCCUCGACAGUUCAGUACCGGUGUGCCAGGUCCUCGGUCGAUGCCUGGACUUCAGACUAGAAACUCGGUGACUCGAGCACCGCUUAAGCGAAGCCCGCUGAGCAGUCAGGAGAAUUCACCUCCCGAUAGCGAUCAAGGCUCCAACGAUGGUCACCACAACGUUGGCAUAGCCAGUGGUGGGCCUUCUCGCCAGCACUCCUUCCGCAGCAUGGGCAGCACAGCCAUGAACGGCAAAGCUCGCACAUACUUUACACAUGGCGGACGUGUAACAGUCGACGAGGGACAGAUGACACCCGCCCAACAGGCAGCAGCGGGCAAGGCACCCGGGGAGGAGAAGGAGCCUACACCGUCUGUCAUGACAGAUAAAAGUAAGAAGAAGAGCAGAUUCAGUCUUGGUUUCGGGAAGAAGGACAAGUCGUAA